AUGGAGAUUCCUAAAGAAAGAAAAUGGUUAGCUGUGUCCGGUCGCGAGAACAUCAUCUGGAUACAGGUUAGCUUUCUGCAUCUACAAAUAAGAAUAUACCCGGUUUCCGUGCAAACUACCUGGAAUUCUCAACAAGUCAGGAAAAUUCUGGAUGAGCAACGUUUCGAGCCCCUUGGAUCUGUGAGCGCCGACAUUUUAUCCGUGACCAAAGGUCCUCAGGAUAUAGGAAUCACGUUAAAAAACCACCCCUCCGAGGAAAGCGACCUCCAAUAUGUGAUCUUCGUUCAAUUCCUCGCAGAAAUCCCAGACCCAGAUCUGCUAGAAAUCAGCCACCUAUUCACAGCACAUGUCCUUUCCAUGCUCGACCCGAAGAAGACAGUUCGGUUUGACUUCAGGAUCUCAGAUGAAAGCUUAUCCUCAAUACUGCCAUUCCCAAAUAAUAUCACCGUGGGCGCCUUACAUAGCUCGGAAGACGGAUCAAAGCGCCGAGUCCCACCAUUAGAGCGGCAUGACAUUGGAAGACUUCCCCAGUCCAUCUGCGAGGAAUUCGCUGUGGUUCUUGACAGGCCGACAUUUGUUACAAGCCAGGCGUGCUUUUCCUCAUGA